AUGGGCAAUUCAGGCGAUUCCUCCGGAGUGGAGUGGGAGACCAAGGGCGAGCUCCCUGAGCCGGACCUGUGGACUCCCGCGGCAGCCCUGGCCGCGCAUGCUUGCCACGAUGCCGUAAGUCGGUCUGGCGCCGGUUUUCGUGAGCUGCUGCAGCGUGCUGGCUUGGAGUUGACGGAAAUUAGGGUGUUCACCAAGUUUGACCAGGCGGUGAUCAUGGCCAAGAAGCCCACGAUGGCCUGGCUGUAG